AUGGCUACUCCCACUGUGUCAGGUACUGCAACGAGUACUGCUCCGAAAUCCUCUCCUCAGUUGACUCCAGAGGAAACCCCGAGAGAUGUCAGAUUAUUACAUCUAUUGUUAGCAUCUCAAUCCAUCCAGAACUACGAAGACAGAAUCCCAUUACAACUAAUGGACUUCGCUCACAGAUACACCAGAAGUAUAUUGAAAGACGCAAUGGUAUACAAUGACCAUGCCAUGUCAUCAGAAUCACAACAGCAGUCACAGAUGCAAUCGCAACAAGCUGCCACCGCAACAGCAACCGCAACCGCAAAUGGAACUGCAACUGGGGCUGGGACCACUGACCCAAAUGCAACGGCAACAGAUACGGGGAAGUCAUCAAAGAACGCAGCGGCAAAUACUGGCAACAAUCCAGGUUCAAGGUUGACUAUCGAAGAUAUACGGCUCGCAAUCGGGGCAAGAACUCAAUAUCAAUUCAAACCUACAGCUCCUAAGGAAUUAUUGUUACAAUUGGCAGCAGAUAGGAAUAAGAAACCUUUGCCUCAAGUUAUGGGCUCAUGGGGGGUUAGAUUGCCUCCUGAGAAAUAUUGUAUUACCGCCAAGGAAUGGCAAUUGGAUAAUGAUCAAUCAGAGGACUCUUAG